AUGCCAAUCCAUACUGUCAUUACUUACAUGCAACUAACUAGGCCAUUAUUGAUUGAUGCAGCAUCUAUCCCACCUAUGCGUUACACUUACCCUACUCCCGAGGAGAAGGUCUACAUCAAGACCGCGGAAACUCUGCAGAUCGUUUCUCUCAAAAUCGUGUCGAUCAAUGAUGACUCUUUACGCUGGCCACUGCAAGUGUUUGGUAUGGUUGCCGUGCGUGAUAUCUUGGAUCACAAGCGCAACAUUAUCUUCCAGCGACAGAGGAAUAACUGCCAAAUCAUCAAUAAGAAUGAUCCGUAUCUAGCAUUGACAGGCCCAAGCCGUGCUGUUGCUGUGUCGAUGGAACCUUCGCACAUUGAGGUUUCGCUGAAAGUGAAGGGGACCACUAAAUCUGAUGAUAAAGACCUAAGCGAGCUAGUUUUGAAUUUCAGAUCUGGAUGCGUGCUUAGUGACGUUUACCCUAGCAGGAUUAGCACGAUUGAAUUUAAAUACGAUCACAUUAUGUGCGCUGUGGAGGCCACGAUCCGCAUAAAAGUCACUGGUGGGUCUUGGCCAGAUGCUUUUCGAGGUGUGUUUACUGCUUCCAGCACUAGAGCUGAUGACCUGAAAGUCAUGUUGCUUGAUUUUGGAGAUGGUGGAUUGCCUGUUGGUGCUGAUGGCAUGGUCAAGCUCUCACGCAGUGUGGUUUCCGUUGGCCUUGAGGAGAUGCUCAAAGUCUCUGCCAUGGCAUAUCCUAUUAAUGAUGAUGAAGUUGCUGACAGUACCGAGGUAGCCUUAAAACCUGAGAAGGCCGGUAUAAGUCCUGUUGUGCUGAAGGUUGGCUCAUGUAUUAUGGAAGUGAGUGUUGCCUGGUCCCUAUUCCGUCGUCGAUUCUGA